UUCUAAGGUGCUUUCUACGCAGGCGCACCCCGAUAACCAUUUCCGGGCGCCAGCAUCGCACUUGUCCAAAGGACCAAAAUCUCGUGGUUUUCCAGAGGAGCAAUGACUACCUACAGCCUGGCGAACGAGCGACUGCGCGCCCUGGAAGAUAUAGAACGGGAAAUCGGCGCCAUCCUUCAGAAUGCAGGGACGGUGAUCCUGGAGCUGUCGAAGGAAAAGACCAACGAGCGGCUUCUUGACCGGCAGGCGGCGGCCUUCACCGCCUCGGUGCAGCAUGUGGAGGCGGAGCUGUCGGCUCAGAUCCGCUACCUCACCCAGGUGGCCACAGGACAACCCCAUGAAGGCUCCAGUUACUCUUCCAGGAAGGACUGUCAAAUGGCUCUGAAACGAGUAGAUUAUGCCCGCCUCAAGCUUGGUGAUGUGGCACGAACCUGUGAACAGAUGUUGGAGAACUGAGCCACGGAGGAGAACAUAGAACAUGGAGGGAGACCAUGGCCUGGACCCGGAGACAGCGCUGGAGGCCCGUCGGACGAGGACCAUAGAUUGACAUACAUAUGUGCCUUCAUGCUCAGUGUAGGACAAUGGGGCAGGACUGGAAGUGGAGAAACGAAAGCCCAAGCCUGCCUACAGUUGGCCCUGGCUCCUAUAGUAGAUUGCUGGACACAGACAAGCUCAAACAGGAGUUGGUGACUCAGUGGUUUGGGCCAACGCACUUCCUCAUGCACAUCAUGCUCCAACCCCAGGCUUCCUGAAGAUUUGGCAAAUGAGCAAUAUAUUCUUCAUUGUUGCAACACAAAACAAGAACUACUGGUUUCAGUAAUAAAAGAAGUAACAAUUUUAUAGAAAGAUGAGAUUGUCACUGGGUUACAUAUGAGUGAUACAAGAGAGUGAGGAGAUAAAUAUCAGUACAGCAACCACGAAGGGGGGAGGCCUGGAAAAGCCCAGGCUGUCAGUGUGGGAAG